CAUUUUAGGGGGUGGGGGUCAGGUCUUCCCUGAUUCAGUUAGGAGGCCUCUUACAGAGUGUGUGAGAGAGUGUGAUGCAGCUGCUGUGGGUGGUAGUGAUGGGGGUGUUAGGAGUCUUUUGGGCAGAGGGAGAGGAGGCUCUCUGUCGGAUACUGGGAAGACCAGAGGACCCUAUGCUGUCCAAGGAAGGAGACGUGACUAUCGGAGGAGCCUUCUCUAUCCACACCAAAAUCUCAGAGCCCCGGCUCUCCUUCACAGACACACCACCUCCUCUCACCUGCUACAGCAUGAACCUCAUAGAUUUUCAUUUAGCUCAGACCAUGAUCUUCGCCAUCGAAGAGAUCAAUAACAGCAGUUCUCUGCUCCCCAACAUCUCUAUUGGCUACAGGAUAUAUGAUAGUUGUGGCUCGACUCUGUCCUCCAUGCGUGCGGUUAUGGCUCUGAUGAACGGUCAGGAGAGGACGGUGGGAAAGACCUGCUCUGGCCAAUCAGCAGUCCACGCCAUCAUCGGUGCCUCUGAUUCUUCAUCCACUAUUGUGAUGUCACGAUCCACAGGAGCUUUUCAAAUACCAGUGAUCAGUCACUUKGCCACCUGUGCGUGUCUGAGUAACAGAAAGGAGUUCCCCUCCUUCUUCAGAACCAUCCCCAGUGACUUCUACCAGAGUAGAGCCCUGGCCCAACUGGUCAAAUACUUUGGCUGGACCUGGGUGGGGGCUGUUAGAAGUGACAACGCCUACGGCAACAACGGCAUGGCGACCUUCGUGGAGGCUGCCGGUCUGGAGGGUGUGUGUAUAGAGUACUCUGAGGCUAUCUUAUGGAACAACCCCAGGGAGCAGAUAGCCAGYGUGGUUGAGGUGAUCAGCAGGGCCAGCUCCAAGGUUGUGGUGGCUUUUCUGUCCCAGUUGGACAUGGAUUUUCUGCUGGAGGAGGCACUGGCCCAGAACCUGACCGGGCUGCAGUGGGUGGGCAGUGAGUCCUGGAUAASUAUUGAUCGCCUGGCCACUAGGAGYAGCUCUGCUGUCCUCAGCGGCACUCUGGGAUUCACCAUCAGUAAGUCUAAGAUCCCAGGCCUCAGAGAGUUCCUGCUCCGGGUCGGUCCAGCCCAGGAUCCAAACAACACCCUGCUCAGAGAGUUCUGGGAGARCACGUUCAGUUGCAGGUUUUCCCCUCAGCAGGAGAAAGACGGUGGGCCUAGGCAGAGUCAGUGCUCUGGGUCUGAGAGACUGGAGGAAAUCAGUAACCCCUUUACUGACACUUCCGAGCUGAGGUUCUCUAAUAAUGUGUAUAAGGCAGUGUAUGCUGUGGCCCACUCCAUACAUGACCUGCUGACCUGCAGGCACGGUGAAGGCCAAGGUGGGAAUAGGAACUGUMRACACAGAGAKAGCAUUGAGCCAGGACAGGUGRUGAGAUACCUGCYAGACGUAAACUUCACCAUGAAGUCUGGGGAGAGAGUUUAUUUUGAUGAGAACGGAGACCCCACAGCCAUCUAUGAGCUGGUGAACUGGCAGAGAGACCAGGCAGGAGAGARUGUGUUUGUCACCGUGGGGAAUUACAAUGCRUCUCUCCCUAAAGGAYACCAGUUUGCCAUGAAUGGGAUACAGAUAGUAUGGGCUGGCAAUCCCUUAAAGAGGCCUCGGUCUGUGUGUAGUGACAGCUGCCUCCCAGGGUUCCGCCAAGCAGAGAUCAAAGGAAUGCCAGUCUGCUGUUUUUCCUGUAUUCCCUGUGCUGCUGGAGAGAUCAGCAACCUAACAGAUUCAGCUAAAUGCACACAGUGUUCCCUGGAAUACUGGUCCAACGGAGACAAGAGUCGCUGUGUCCCAAAGGUGGUGGAAUUUCUCUCAUUUGACGAAACCAUGGGAAUCCUCCUGGCUGCAAUCUCAUUGGUUGGAGCGUGUUUAACCAUAGUGGUGUCAUUGAUCUUCUUUUGCUUCCGAGAGACUCCGAUCGUCAAGGCCAGCAACUCUGAGCUGAGCUUCCUGCUGCUCUUCUCCUUGACUCUGUGUUUUCUUUGUUCUCUUACUUUCAUUGGCCGGCCCUCUGAGUGGUCCUGUAUGCUGCGCCACACAGCGUUUGGGAUAACCUUUGCUCUGUGUAUGUCCUGCGUCCUGGCGAAGACCAUAGCGGUGGUGAUAGCUUUCCAGGCCACAAUGCCAGGUAAUACAGUUCCCCAGUGCUCUAUUCCUCUCCAGAGAAUCAGUGUGUUCAGCUGUACCCUCCUACAGGUGGUUAUAUGUGUUCUCUGGUUAGCUCUCGACCCUUCAGUCCCAGUCAAAAACACAGCCCACGCCACUGAAAAGYUCAUUCUAGAGUGUGAUGUGGGUUCAGCUAUUGGUUUCUGGGCUGUGUUGGGGUAUAUAGGACUCCUGGCUCUCUUGUGCUUUGUGCUGGCUUUUCUGGCUCGAAAGCUGCCUGAUAACUUCAGUGAGGCCAAAUUCAUCACCUUCAGCAUGCUCAUAUUCUGUGCAGUCUGGAUCACCUUUAUCCCAGCUUAUGUCAGCUCUCCUGGMAAGUUCACUGUAGCUGUGGAGAUAUUUGCCAUUUUGGCCUCCAGUUUUGGGUUGCUUUUCUGUAUAUUUGGUCCAAAGUGUUAUAUUAUAUUACUUAAACCAGAGAAAAAUACAAAAAAACACAUAUUGGGGAAAAGUCACGCAAAAUCACAAUAAUGUAAUUUACGGAACGGGGACUUGGAGGAAAAAGGUUUCAAUUUAAUUCAGGGGGAGGUUUUAGUAUUAUUUUUUAUCUAGUCCAGAAGAGGGUCAUGUAAUUUGUAAUUGUUGACAUUUCAAUAUUUUUAUUUGUUUUAGAAUGAGUUGCUUUUUAGGCUAUAUCUCCAUGUGUGCCCGAUGCCUAAUCCUCAUCUCUGAUUCUCCACACUGCGCGCAAAAUCAAGUCCGUCUAUAGGCUGUUUAGUGUGGUCUCAAUCAAAUGAUCCACACCGUAGGCUAUAGUCCUAGGCUAUACAAAGUGCAUGCUCGGAGAAGCACAGUUAUUUAUUUUUAUAUAGAAGCA